AUAAAAAAUGUAAGCUUCUUCAGAAAAGCCACGGUGUCCUGCUUCUUCCUCUUCAUGCGAGCAUUUCUUCCUCUUAAGCCAAAAGGAAAGACAACUUUUACCAGAUUCUACUCAUCGGGCCUUGAAAAUAUUGUCCCUUGUGGUUUUGCUGCCCCUGCCUGCUCUGAACAAAGAUAAUUACUCAGGAAACGUUUCGGCCAAUCAGCUGCUGCGUUGCAUCGUGCCUGUGUGGAGGGCGACCAGUCAGGAUCCGGCUAACAACACUGGGGCCUGAUCGCCUUGCCUGGAGAGCGGAGCCUUUCCCGGCUGAGAGCUGAGAGUGUCCUCCAUGUUUUAUAAGUGUUGAGAUAGUGUGUCAGGCAGCCAUGCAUCCACAGAGGGUCACAUGGGUGCCCCAGACAAGCAGGCUGCCAUACAGAAGGCAAAGUGGACCAUGGCAAAUCCUUUUCCUUUUUUAUAUUGCAAAGGAGUGUUCCAUUUAAACAUGGCACCCACAUCUUCCCUGGUAUUGUAGCAGAAACAGAAUGGGGGAUGGGUAAUGGAGGAGAUGAGAGGUUAUUAUGUGCCCUUUGUAAGUAGAUUGGCUCUCUGUUGUUUUCCUGUGAGUAAUGCCAGGUCAGGGAAUAGGCACGUUGGGGAGCAGAAGUGAAGAACACACACAUUUUAUAGAAAGAAGCAUAUUACACAACUGCCUGUCUCUUGUAUGCUGGCAAGUUCCACACUCCUUUUUUGUCAAAUCAUUCCCCACAAGGCAUCAUUUUUGUGACAGUCUGGCUGAGGAGGAGGUAAAGACAGAGUCGAAUGUGGUAGAAGGGAUGGAUGCAUCUGCACGAUCGAAAGCCCCUGAUUCAUCAGGGUCGGCAGAAAGCUCCCUUGCACCACAGAAGAGGAAGGCGUCGAGUCCCACCCACUCCUCCAAUGGACAUUCUCCGUCGGACACCUCCCCCAGCCCGCUCAAGAAAAAGAAGAAGCCUGGGGCCAUGAGCAACAAAGACCAGUCAGAGCUAAGACAUGGUCCCUUUUACUAUAUGAAGCAGCCAGCACUCACCACAGACCCUGUUGAUGUUGUACCGCAGGACGGCAGGAAUGACUUCUACUGCUGGCUGUGCCACCGCGAGGGUCAGGUGCUCUGCUGUGAGCUCUGUCCCAGGGUGUACCACGCCAAGUGCCUCAAACUACCAGCUGAGCCUGAGGGCGACUGGUUCUGUCCCGAGUGUGAGAAAAUAACAGUUGCCGAAUGCAUUGAAACACAGAGCAAAGCAAUGACAAUGCUGAAUAUUGACCAACUCUCUUACUUGCUCAAAUUUGCACUCCAAAAGAUUAAACAACCUGGGCAGACAGAGCCUUUUCAGAAGCCAGUUUCCUUAGAACAGCACCCUGACUAUGCUGAGUACAUUUUUCACCCCAUGGACUUGUCUACUUUAGAGAAGAACAUCAAAAAGAAAAUGUUUGGCUGCACUGAAGCCUUUCUGGCUGAUAUGAAGUGGAUCUUACACAACUGCAUAAUUUAUAAUGGAGGUAAUCACAAAUUAACAGCAACUGCAAAAGUCAUUGUCAAGAUAUGUGAGCAUGAGAUGAACGAGAUAGAAGUAUGUCCUGAGUGCUACCUGUCGUCCUGCCAAAAAAGAGACAAUUGGUUCUGUGAGCCAUGUAGUCAGCCUCACACCCUGGUUUGGGCUAAAUUGAAAGGCUUCCCUUUCUGGCCAGCAAAAGCACUUCGCGAAAAGGAUGGGCAGGUAGACGCACGGUUCUUCGGACAACAUGACAGAGCCUGGGUCCCCAUCAAUAACUGCUACCUCAUGUCCAAAGAGAUCCCUUUUUCCGUGAAAAAGACUAAGAGCAUUUUCAACAGUGCCAUGCAAGAAAUGGAGGUUUAUGUGGAAAACAUUCGAAAAAAAUUUGGAGUUUUCAAUUAUGCGCCAUUCCGGACUCCCUACACGCCCAACAACCAGCUUCAAAUGCUGCUGGACCCUUCCAACCCCAGUGCUGGCACUGUAAAAACCGAGAAACUUGAUAAACUUCGCUUUAACUUUGAUCUAACUGCAUCUCCAAAGAUGGUCCUUGGAAAGAGUUCCACACCCAGUAGUAUGUGUCGGAGGGUGUCUAUGACAGACAUGCCUCGUUCCCCGAUGAGCACCAAUUCUUCAGUCCACACCGGGUCUGAUGGAGAGCAGGAUUUGGAAAAGACUAGUCGGAACUCGACCUUCCACUAUAGCACUGGAGAGGAAUCUAUGGACUAUACAUCAUCUCCUGUCUCAGGGAAGGUUGGUCCAGCAGGCAGCCCAAAGCCCCUCAACUCUGGACUGGUGUCCAAGCAGGAGAGGCCUGCAUCAACAGGAGGCAUCCUCAAUCUCAACUUGGAUCGAGUAAAAGCUGAAAUGGACCUGAAAGAGCUAAGUGAGACUGUGCAGCAACAGCAGCAGCAACAGCAGCAAGUGGUGUCAGCCACCCUCCCCACACCAAAAAGACCCACCAGGAGCCUUGACAAGACCAUUGAAAGCUGCAAGGCUCAGCUUGGAAUAGAUGAGAUUUCAGAAGAUGUAUAUAAAGGUGUUGACCAUAGUGACACAGAGGACUCUGAAAAAUCUGACUCAAGUGAUAGCGAAUAUAUCAGUGAUGAGGAACACAAGCCAAAAAGCUCCACCAAUGACGACAAGGUUAAAGUGGAUCGAAAGAGGCCUAGAGCAAGUGCAGAUGCAGAGUCUAAGGAGGCAGUUGCAGUGACCAGGGAUAAAUCCACCCCUGAACCACAUAUUAAAGACAAGCAGGACAGCAAUGGACCAGAAGAGGCCCCCAAAGAGAAGCCUCGAGUUACUCAUUCGCAGUCCCUCACUGACAAGCCCAAGGCCCCAGAGGAGAGUAGAAUACCUGCUUCCACAUCUUUGGCCGAGCAAGACUCUGAUUCUGAAAGAGAGCUGGUGAUUGACCUCGGUGAUGAACAUGGAGGCCGUGAUGCUAAGAGGUCAAGAAAAGAUGUAGGAGCCUCAUCUUCCAAAAAUCCAAAAGACUCCAGUGCAGCCAAAUUAGAGGGUAAGUUAGCCAAUUCCACUGCAGCAGCCCCUUCUGCCACUCCUGAAUUAAAAGACAGCUCACAGCCUUCUUCUGGUGCUGUCAACACUGUUUCCACUGCAGCAUCUGGCCAGCCCAGUGCUGGCUCAAUUACCAGCAGCACUUCCAACACACCCUCCACCUCAGUUGCAUCAACAUCGCCGGUACCGCCGGCCAUAAAGAAACAGCGCCCUCUAUUGCCCAAGGAAACUGCCCAGGCUGUGCAGCGAGCAGUCGUUUGGAAUCCCACCAAAUUGCAGAAUUCCUCCCAGAAGUGUCAAGGACAAAAGCAGCAAAAUGCAGAGCAGUCAAGUGUGCAGACACAGGGUCAACUACAGACCAGUUCUUCCUCAAGUACCCGCUACCAGACCAGACAAGCAGCCAAAGUCCAACAAAAAGACUCACCUCAGAGUACUUCAGCUUCAGGUAGCUCUUCUUCCUUCAUGUCAGGAGACAUUCCAAUCCCUACUGCUUCUGCAGAUGUAGCUGCAGAUAUAGCCAAAUACACAAACAAAAUUAUGGACACAAUAAAAGGGACAAUGACCGAAAUCUACAAUGACCUUUCCAAAAGCACUUCCGGAAAUACAAUUGCAGAGAUUCGAAGGCUGAGAAUAGAGAUUGACAAACUUCAGUGGCUGCAUCAACAAGAGUUGUCCGAGAUGAAGCACAAUCUGGAACUGACAAUGGCGGAGAUGAGGCAGAGUCUGGAGCAGGAGAAAGAGAGACUGGUGGCAGAGGUGAAGAAGCAGAUGGAGGUGGAAAAGCAGCAGGCUGUGGAUGAGACCAAAAAGAAACAGUGGUGUGCUAACUGUAGGAAGGAGGCCAUCUUCUAUUGUUGUUGGAACACCAGCUACUGUGAUUACCCUUGCCAGCAGGCCCACUGGCCAGAACACAUGAAGUCCUGCACACAGUCUGCUACAGCUUCCCAACAGGAACCAGAGGUGGAGCCCAAUGUAGACCCUUCAGUCAAAUCAACAGGCAUUUCCCCUGUCACACAGACUCUGCCAGCAGCAGCAACAACAGGAACACCAUUGUUAUCAUCAUCCAUCUCAGAAAAAAGCAAUUCCCCCACAUAUAUUGACAAAAGCAAGGACAAUACUGGGGUCACUGUGACAUAACUGUUUCACUACAUUGUGGCACGCAUGGCAAGGCAAUUUUGGUCCUUGUCACAUUUCAAGCUGCAAUGCCUGCUCUGUGACAAUUCACUUUAUGGUUUCCAUUCCGAAAUGAUUGGUUGACAUGUUUGUUUUGUGUGUUUUUUGGAUUCAUCAUGUGAAUUGUGAGUAUUGCGUCUUAAAAACAAAUGUGAGUGUGUAUUUUUCCCUGGUUUUGUCUGUCAUGUCUGAACGGAAUUGUAUCAAACCACAGCACAUUUGCUACACAAAGAUGUUGAAUGCUGCACUCAAAUAAGCUGUUGUUUUUUGAUAACAUCUCUUAGACAGUGAAAGAAAUGUUGAAACAGCUAUUUUUUAUUUACCCUUUAUUUAACCAGGUUAAAUCCUAUUGAGAUUUAAAUAAAAACAACUCUUUUUCAAGGGAGUCCUGGUCAAGAGGUAGCAAAGUUACACAUACAAUUACAUAAACAUUACACAUUAAAAUGACAGGAACAAUGAACAACGUGGUUCUCCUACCACGAACCAUCAGAAGUAUUCUGGGUUUUCCAAAUGUCCUUUUCAUGUCAUUGGUGGUUUGUUUGCCAUCCCACAUUGUAUAGGCCUAAGUCAAAAUAUAUGUGAUUUAUUAAAAAUAUCUACAUUUACCUGUACAAAGUUUUUGUAAGAAGAUACAUGAACAAUAUUUAUUGUUAUAUGUUUUUAUAAUACGUUUUGAGAAAAUCACGUCACAAUGUGUCAAAUUUAUUGGACAAUAAAUUACUCAUGAAUGUCUGUACUGGGCAAAGUCUGUUUCACUGUUUUUCCGAAAGUGAUGUAAAUUCUGGUCAGACUGAAACGGUAGACAUACAUAGAGGCUACAUUUUGUCUGGUAUUAAAUAUAAGUGAGCAUGUCUGAUUUAA